AUGAGAGUGGAAAGCCCGGAUAAAUAUCGAUCAGGUGGUUAUUACCCAGCUCUAGUAGGCGAUACAUUGAAAGAAAGAUACCAAAUUGUCGAUAAAUUGGGUCAUGGAUCAUAUUCCACCAUAUGGCUUGCACGCGAUACGCAAAAGGAAGUCUACGUUGCACUAAAGAUCAACACUGCAGACUUUCAGUCCAACCAGACCAAAGUUCAGUCAUCUUUGUUCGACUCGUGUUAUCUCGAAAACAUAGGAUGGUCCAUGAUUCCCAUUCUCCAAGAUCACUUCAAAACGGAGAGUCCGAAUGGUGGCCACGAAUGCUAUGUCACAUCACCAGCACGAAUCAGCGUGGCCAACUCAGUAGAAAGGGGGAGCUCCUUUUCAGUUGAAGUUGCGAGAUCUUUGGUUGCUCAGUUAAUCCAUGCAGUCGCUUAUAUUCAUAACAUUCAUAUUGGCAACAUCUUAAUCGACAUCACUACCAGCUUUGACUCACUCUCAAUACCAGAAUUCUACUGCCGCUACGGAGAACCAGUUUCAGAGCGACUUGAGCGAUGCGAUGAAGGACCCAUCACGCCAGGCGUUCCAACUCAUAUCACCGAACCAAUUUUGCUUGGAAAGAUAGCGCAUAAAUUCACAGUCCCUGAAGCUCGUCUUCUACUGAGUGACUUCGGAGAAGCCUUCUCAUUCCACAAUCAAAAAGAACCAAAGCUCGGCAAGGAUUGCCAUUCACCUCGUUACUGUCUCCCACCCGAAGCCUACUUCGAGCCCGACAAGCCUCUUUCAUUUCUCACCGAUACCUGGACUCUGGUAUGUGCCAUAUGGAAUAUUGUUACCGGAUACCAACUGUUUUCCUGCUUCUUCCCAGACUCCGAUGAAGUCACUGCUCAGCAUAUUCAAAUCCUUGGAGACUUGCCACCAGAGUGGUCAGAAAAUUGGAAGGCUAAAGAUAAAUACUUUGAUGAAUACAUGCAGCCAAAACAUGAAUGGGAGAUUGCACCCCUUCGAGAGCUUUUCUUUGAUAGCAUGGAGAAAACACAGGAACAUCGCAAAAAGUACAGCACAGUGGAAAUGAAAAAAGAUGAAGCCACCGGCUUGCUGGAUAUGCUUGAAUCCAUGUUGGCUUACAGACCUGAGCUGCGGGCUUCAAUUUCGACGGUUUUGAACUCGGAUUGGAUGGCUUACUGGGGACCGCCUAGUUAUGAAGUCAGGCAUCACAAAGUGGACUCGUGGCUACCUCUAAGCACCGCUGUAUCAUAA